AUGGCGUUGCUGCUCACCAACCAGUCCGCCGCCAAGAAAGCGACGGCGGAGAUCGACGCCGUCGUGGGCACGUCCCGUCUGCUGCAGGAAUCCGACCUCGCCGGCCUCCCCUACCUCCGGUGCAUCGUCUCCGAGACGCUCCGGCUAUACCCUCUCGCGCCAAACCACGUCCCGCACGAGGCGUCGCGCGACUGCGUGGUCGCCGGCGGCCACGCCGUCGCGCGCGGCACCAUGGUGCUGGUCGACGUGUACUCCAUGCAGCGGGACCCUGCCGUGUGGGGGCAGCGGCCGGACGAGUUCGUGCCGGAGCGGUUCAUGGACGACGACGGCGGUGUAGGUGGACGGAGAGAUGGGGGGAGCAGGUGGAUGAUGCCGUUUGGGAUGGGGCGGCGCAAGUGCCCCGGCGAGAGCCUCGCUUUGAGGAUGGUCGGAGUCGCGCUAGGGGUCAUGUUGCAGUGCUUUGAGUGGGAACCGGAGGGAGGGAAGGAGGUGGACAUGAGUGAGGGGUCCGGUCUCACCAUGCCCAUGGCCACGCCUCUUGUGGCCGUGUGCCGUCCACGUGCAGAGAUGGAGUCGCUGCUCAAGGCUCUCUAG